AUGUAUCCUCAAGCGGCCGAGUAUCUAGAUGACAGUGUUCAUGAGACAAAAUGGGCAAGAUGUAAAUUUCCGGGAGAAAGGUACAACAUAGACACAGCCAACACUGUUGAAUCUAUCAAUGGUGUUUUGAAGGAACCAAGGAAAUAUGCGUUGUUGCCAAUGCUUGAUGUGAUCGUGGAAAAGAUAACAGAAUGGUUCAACAAAUACCGUCUAUUAUCUCUACGCGUACCAGAGAGGCAGAUACUAAUCCCACAUGUGCAUGGGAUAUUGCAUCACAUAUAUCCUUUGGCUAAAAAGCUGAAGGUGACCGAGCUAAAUACAUUUGAAGGUCACUACAAUGUGCUUGGCGAGGAUGGUCAUGGUUAUUUGGUUGAUCUGAGCAACAAAACAUGCUAUUGUAGGUGUUUUGAUAUUGAUCGGUAUCCUUGUGUGCAUGCACUUGCUGCCAUCAUGGCGCGUGGAGAAAUGGCUGAACAUUAUUGUUCUUGGUAUUACUGGAUGGAGCAGUGGACUUUGGCAUAUUACAGGACAAUAUAUCCAGUGCCUCAUCUUUCAACAUGGGAAAGAAGACUACAAGUUGCUAGAUUCCCCUCUGCCGGAGAAUAUCGGAGGAAGAGAAAGAAGAAGUUUCCACCAUUGAUUGGUGAAAACGAAGAAAGUGGCAGUGAUGGCAGUGACAGUGAUAGCAGUGGUAGUGACAGCAGUGACAGCAGUGGAAAUGGGAACGAAGGAGGUGACAACGAAAGAAGUGGUAACGAAAAAAAUGAUGAAUGA